GGUCGCGUGCACGGCGAGUUAGAAACUGAAUCGUGAUUAACGCUCGUUAUUAAAUACAACAAAAAUGUCCAGCAGUAACGAUAGCGACAGUGAUUCGGAGAUGGAAGCGAAGCCUUCACAUUCAAAGGCAGUCGCGCAAAAACCGCAGGUCGAGCGCGCCACGAAAGCUGCGCGGCGCAAAAAGAUGCAAGACUACCUGGACGAGCGGGCGGCUCGUGAAACAGCCGAGCGCGCGGAAGAAGCGCUGGCCCGUCGCCGAAAGCGGGGACUAACGGACGAUCAGGAAGAUGAAGAAGAGGUUACCUAUCCAGUAAUCAAUCCGGCGAAUUUCGUAAAGAAUAAAGAGAUUCGCCACAAGCGCUUCAAGCGCAUGCAGGGCUUGAAGAAAAAGGAAGAGAAAGCGUCCAAGAAGACCCGCAAGCUGGAGGGUAAACCAUCGGAACCGGCUCACACUAUUGAAUCCUUGCGCGAAAAGGAUCAAACCACGGUAGCCAACCUGGAGGAAGAAGAUCAGCAGGAGGUGAUGAACGAUUUGGAAAACGACGAGUUCUGCGAGUAUUAUCAGAAAAGCUACGCACCGAAAGUGCUAAUAACGUACAACGCGACACCUCACACGAAGACGCGCCAGUUUGCGUCUCUGCUGAAACGCAUGAUACCGAAUUCGGGAACCUUCCAGCGCCACAACGCCAGGCUGAAGAAGGUGUGUCAAAGCGCGAUCCGCGAAGAGUACACCGACGUUGUGGUGGUGAACGAGUGCAACAAAAAGCCGGAAGGCUUGCUGGUGAUCCACCUUCCCGAGGGCCCUACAGCACACUUUAAGAUCAGCAACUUUAAAUCCUUGAAAGAGCUGAGGCGCAAAGUGAAAAACAUCACUACGCACCGGCCGGAGGUGAUUCUGAAUAAUUUCACCACUCGACUCGGUCUAACGAUCGGUCGCAUGCUGGGUUCGCUGUUCCACUACGAGCCGGAAUUCCGCGGUCGUCGUGCGGUGACUUUUCACAACCAGCGCGACUACAUCUUUUUCCGUCACCAUCUGUACGAUUUCGACAAGAACGGCAAACGCGUUAAACUACGCGAAUUGGGACCCCGGUUCACGCUGAAGCUGCGCUCUCUUCAGGUGGGACUUUUCGACAACAAGUGUGGCGACUACGAGUGGAUGAUUACCAACAAGCGGCACCAGAUGGAAAGUCGGCGACGAUUCUUCCUAUAACCGUUGGUGAUGUGCAAAAGAUUAUCUGUAUGGCGUUUAGGGGAGAAGGUGGUCAAACAUUUAUGUUCAAUAAAUUUAUG